UGGAAGCAAACAGAAGAGAUUUAUACCUUUCUGUAGCUACUUAGUAAAGCGGGUAUAGAGAAAAUGGAAACCAACCCAUCUGAGGGGAGUGCACAGCAACUGGGAAAGAGAUGAUGGACGUAGUUUGCAAACGGGAUUUUCCAAUGAGAUGCAGAAAGUUUUGGUUGUUUCUUCCCCUCAAACCAUGAAGUGAUCAAGUAUUGGAACAGGAUGCCUGAUGAGACUGUGGAAUCUCUGCCUUUUGAAAUAUUCACAACUUGACAGGCCUGUGAACCAUCUGAUCUGUUUGGUCUGGUUUUGACCAUGUGCUCUGACUAAAAGACUCUCAGAAGUUCCUACCAAACUAAAUUAUUCUAUGAAUACAUAAUGGCAACUUGCACUCACAACUCAUAAUUAGCUUCCUGUAAAACAAGGAGUGUUUACUUGGUAUAAACAACCACAAGCAUUAACACCCAAUGAACUAAAAUUAAUAAGAAAUUAUAACUUUCCUUACCCCUGAUAUUUAUUUUGCUUGGUUUUGCUUAUUAUUUAGCACAGGUUUCCACAUGACACUCUUCAAAACAGCUGAAGAAACAGAAAAAUUUCAUGGGAGAUUUACUCUGGUUGUACACACCCUAAUGUCUUUCACGAGAACUGAAUCCUCAGAAAGAAAAACGAACAAUUAUCUCCUCCAAGCUAUCAAUGGCAUCAUAGUAUGAUUUGCAAAGAAACCCCAAACCCUUACAAUUAUAUUUGUCCACACAAAAGACUUAGUGCUUCAUCUCAUGAAAUAAAAAAACGGCAUUGCAGUACCAAAAUAAAAUGCUGCCUUUUAUGUAUCUACUGUAACAUGCUUUCAAUCUGUAGAUUCAUCAACUGCCAGCACACUAGGGAGUUAAAAAACAAAAAAAAAAAAAAAAACAAAAAAAAAACAAAAAUCUACUUUCUGAGCUGGUUGUAUCAUUAACUUGUGCUUUACUAUCAUGUACUUAAUAAAAUAAACCCCCUUCCUAAUUCCUAAGAUAAUCCUGUUUUAAAGAAAUGAAGCUAUACCAUAUGUUUGCCUUGCCAGAAUAUCUAGUUGUGACUUCAGAAUUAGGAAAGGUAUCUUGCUAUAUGUUUGGUAUAAUACAUAAUCGUACAAUAGAAUUGAAAAUUCUCAAAAAUAAACAGCUGCUAUAAACAUAAUUUCCUUCCUCAGACAACGUGCUAUAUCCAUAUCAACAAGCUAACUGCACAUUAAAUAGCUGCAUUUUGUCCUUAAAAUUGAAUAUUGUCAUUAAAACAUUUUACCAUGACACCAAAUAAAGCACUCAACUUUUAGGGCUUGCUUUUACACUUAAGAAAGGAUAAAGCUAUCCCUCCUGCACAUGUCACCUGCAAACAGAGAACAUACGUGGUUAUCUUUACAAUCAGAAGCUUCUCAUACCAGAAGCGGUUCCUCCUUAUUUCCAUUUUCUUACUCAGGUUUCAGUUAGGGAGGAGAAAGAACUGCUGGAGCAGCUACACUAGGGGCUCACAGCCCCCAGCAUGAUUCACCACCACUCAACAGCCACUCUGGCCCUCUGAUGAGCAAGCAGGUGCUGCCUGCAGACUGGCCCAAGCAGCUGCUUCUCACAGAAACUAAUCAGGAUCUGGUCUUCAGGCAACAAACACUCAAGCAUGCUUGACAAUUUUUUUUCCUUAUAUAUAAAUGAUUUGCAAAUAAAACUGGUAUUUAUUGUGACUGCACAGUCACAUUGGUUCAGAGUGAAUCUUCCCAGUACUUCAAAAUACUUUUUCUCAGUGUGGUGUCCAGGUGUUAGCAGCUGGCAGGACAUCAUUAAAUGCUUCGUGGUUACAGAACUACUAGAAACAACACUGUCACAGUAAUACCUUAACCAGGUGCAAUGAUCAAGCUGCAUCAGAUCCAAUUCCUGAAGCAAGCAGAUAUACGUAUAUGGUUCCCUUUAAUAAAGGCCUGUAGUUUGAAUUAUUUUAAAUGAUUAAAACACCUGACUGAUCUAGGUAAUUUAGUACUAUCAGUUUAUUACCACAGCACCUAGAUCUCAAUGGUAACAGUGAGAGGGGAGUAACACCGCGCAGGGAGAGAAAAGAAGUUUUUCACAUCGCCUCAUCCCUGCCCUCGGGCCGUAUUUUCCUUCAGGAACCGCCCUACGGCCUCAAAACCGUUAAAAUUAAAGAUUUUGGUUCAAAACGGCUUCACACCCCCCGCCCCCUGCUCCCGCCUCAGCUUCCUCCUCCCCUCUCCCUCAGGGCAGGUCGCCCGCCAUUUUCCGCCCCUUCCCGCCUCAGCCCGCUGAGGGCCCCACGGCCCCUCUCGGUCUGUCCGGGCAUGAGGGGGCCUUCGGCGGCAGCGCCUGCCGCACUCCGUCGCCUAACCUGAUCUUGAGGCCAACCCCUCCAACUUUCUUCACUCCGCUUUCUUCACUCCCACUCUAUUUUUUAUUGCCAACAAGAGACGGUUUCAUCCAGCCUCUCCCUCCCUCUCCAGAAAGGAGAAACGGUGCGAGGUAGUUACAACCAAGAGCCCUUUCUCCGUAGCCCUGGGAGGAGUACCUGGCCCGGUCCCUUGGGAAAAUGUACAUCAAGUCGAUCAUACUCGAUGGGUUCAAGUCCUAUGCGCAGAGGACGGAGAUCAACGGAUUCGACCCGCUGUUCAACGCCAUCACUGGCUUGAACGGCAGCGGCAAGUCCAACAUCUUGGACUCCAUCUGCUUCCUGCUGGGCAUCACCAACCUGUCCCAGGUGCGAGCUGCCAACUUGCAAGAUCUAGUUUAUAAAAACGGGCAAGCAGGAGUUAAUAAAGCAACUGUGUCUAUCACCUUUGAUAAUUCUGACAAGAAACAGAGUCCACUGGGAUUUGAAAGCAAUGAUGAGAUCACCAUCACCAGGCAGGUCAUCGUUGGAGGUAAAAAUAAGUAUCUCAUCAAUGGCGUGAAUGCUACCAACACGUCUGUACAGGAUCUCUUCUGUUCUGUUGGACUCAAUGUCAAUAACCCUCACUUCCUCAUUAUGCAGGGACGAAUUACCAAAGUCCUAAAUAUGAAGCCACCAGAGAUUUUGUCUAUGGUUGAAGAAGCAGCUGGUACUAGGAUGUAUGAAUGCAAGAAAAUAUCUGUCCAGAAAACCAUAGCGAAGAAGGAAGCCAAACUGAGAGAAAUUCAAACGGUCUUAGAUGAAGAGAUCACUCCAACUUUAGAGAAACUGAAACAGGAACGAUUGUGCUAUCUAGAGUACCAAAAAGUAAUGCAAGAAAUGGAGCAUUUAAGGCACGUCUGCCUAGCCCAUCAGUUUGUUCUGGCUGAAGAGACAAAAGUACGCUCUGCUGUUAUGUUAAAGGAAGCACACACAAAGAUAGAGAAGGUUCAAGAAUCAAUGGCUGAGAAUGAGAAGAAGCUGAAGGAACUUCAGAAACAAAUAGCAGAGUUGGAAGAGGAAAGGAAUAAGGAAAUUGGUGAUAUGCUCAAGUCACUGGAAGAUACUCUUUCAGAACUUCAAAGACUUGAAGCUAAAGCAAGAAGUGCUAUUGAUCUCAAGAAGCAGAACUUAAAAAGUGAAGAGAAUAAGCACAAGGAACUGGUAAAAUGCAUGCAGGAGGAUUCUAAAGCAUACGCGUCAAAGCAGAAAGAAUUAAAGAAGAUACAGGAAGGACUAAACGCUUUACAGGAAGAAAGUAAAAAAGACGCAGAUGCUGUAGCCGCAGCCCAACAGAAUUUCAAUGCUGUGUAUGCUGGCCUGUCUAAGAAUGGUGAUGGUGAAGAAGCUACUCUUGCAGACCAGAUGAUGACCUGCAAAAAUGAAAUUAGCAAAGCUGUAACAGAAGCUAAACAGGCCCAAAUGAAGUUGAAAUAUACACAGCAGGAAUUAAAGACAAAACAAACUGAAGUUAAAAAGAUGGAUGGGAGCUACAAAAAAGACCAAGAAGCCUUUGAAGCUGUCAAAAAAGCAAAAGAAAACCUAGAGAAUCUAAUGGAAAAACUGAGCUAUAAAGAUGCAAAACAAGGAGACCUUUUAGAAAAAAAGAAGCAAUUGACUCAUGACAUCGGUCAGCUGAGACAGUUAUAUGACAGCUUACUAGCAAAGUUUCCUCACCUACACUUUGAAUACAAACAUCCAGAAAAGAAUUGGGAUCCAAACCUUGUGAAAGGCCUUGUUGUAACUCUUGUCACCCUGAAAGAUGCAGCCACAGCAAAAGCCCUAGAAGUGGUGGGUGGAGGAAAACUCUACCACAUUGUUGUGGAUACAGAGGCUACUGGCCAAAAGCUUUUAGAAAAGGGUCAACUAAAGCAUCGAUACACCAUCAUUCCACUAAACAAAAUUUCGGCCAAGUGUAUUGCACAAGAAAUUGUCAGUCUGGCCAAAAGCUUGGUCAGUCAUUUUGAUGAUGUGCAUUUAGCCAUUUCUUUAAUCGGGUAUAAUUUUGAACUACAGAAGGCAAUGGAAUAUGUCUUUGGAACAACGCUGGUCUGUAAAGGCAUGGAUAAUGCAAAGAAAGUGACAUUCGACAGAAGGAUAUUGAAAAGAAGUGUUACGCUUGAAGGAGAUAUAUUUGAUCCCCAGGGCACCCUUAGUGGAGGUGCAGGCAUGCACACUGUACCAAUAUUGUCAAAAGUUCAAGAAAAGAGAGAAGCUGAAGUCAGUCUCAAAGGAAAGAUGUCUCAGCUUGUCACUAUAGAGAAAGAGCUGGCGGGCUUACAUAAUGUUUCUGAAAAGUACCAGCAACUGAAGCAGGAGUGGGAAAUGAAAUCUGAAGAGGCAGAGCUACUGCAAAUGAAGCUUCAGCAAAGUGCUUAUCACAAGCAAGAGGAAGAGCUGCUUGCUCUGAAAAAAACCAUUGCGGAGUGUGAAGAGAUGUUAAAGAAAACUGAAGAGAGUCAAAAGAAAGCAGAAGAAAAAUACAAGGUAUUGGAGAAUAAAUUGAAAAAUGCAGAAGCAGAACGUGAAAAAGAACUAAAGAACGUCCAGCAGAAGCUAGAUGACAGCAAGAAAAAGGCUGAUGAUUCAAGCAAAAAAACAAAAGAAAAGCAGCAGGAAGUUGAAGCAUUGCUUCUGGAACUUGAAGAGCUAAAACGUGAAGAGGCCACCUUUAAGCAACAAAUUGAGGCUGCAGAGAAAACCAUCAAAUCCUACCAGGAGGAAGUUAACGCUAUGGAAGCUGAGGCAUCCAAGUCCAAGGAAUCUGUAGAGAAAGUCCAGAAGGAAUUGGCCAAGCAGAAAGAAGUCAUUUCAGUACAGAAUGAAAAGAUUGAAGCCAAAUCUGAGGAGGCAGUAAAAUACAAAGAACAAACUAAUGAAUUGCAGCUUAAUGUUAAAGCGUUAGAGCACAGCAUCAGCAAGCAUCAACAAGAGGCUGCUGAUGCCACUGCCAAGGUAAACAAAAUGUUGAAGCAGUAUGAGUGGAUAGCUUCUGAGAAACAUCUUUUUGGUCAGCCAAACACAAACUAUGACUUUAAAGCCAACGAUCCUAACGAAGCAAGAGAGAAGCUGCAGAACCUCCAGGCAAAAAACCAGCAGCUGGAGAAGAAUGUGAACGUGACAGCUAUGAAUAUGCUUUCUGAGGCAGAAGAAAGGUACAACGACUUGAUGAAGAAAAAAAGAAUUGUAGAGAAUGACAAGAAAAAAAUUCUUGCGGCUAUUGAAGAGCUUGACCAGAAGAAAAAUGAAGCUUUACAGAUUGCUUGGCAAAAGGUGAACAAAGACUUUGGUUCAAUCUUCUCAAUGCUUCUACCAGGAGCUAAAGCGAUGUUAACAGCCUCUAAAAAUGGAAAUGUCUUGGAUGGUCUGGAGUUCAGAGUUGCCUUAGGAAAUACCUGGAAGGAAAACUUAAUAGAACUUAGUGGAGGCCAAAGAUCCCUGGUGGCCUUGUCCUUCAUCUUAGCCAUGCUUCUUUUCAAACCUGCCCCAAUUUACAUCUUGGAUGAAGUGGAUGCAGCGCUUGAUCUCUCUCAUACCCAGAAUAUUGGACAGAUGCUCAGUACGCAUUUCCAACACUCCCAGUUUAUUGUGGUGUCCUUGAAGGAUGGAAUGUUUAACAACGCCAAUGUCCUCUACAAGACCAAGUUUAUUGAUGGUGUAUCCACAGUUGCAAGAUACAGCCAGCUGCAGAACAGAAAUGGAUUUGCACACAAAGCCAAUAGGACUUUAACAAACGAGAAGCAGGUGAACGAGGAAAGCGAGUGACACACCAGCUGCAGUAAUGGCUGCUCAGGUGUUGUGUGUCCCUGGUCUACAGAAAGACCUAAAACAGCUGUUGUAAACUUGCUAAUUUUAACGUUUUUAACCUUGAUUCUUUUAAAAGUUAAUGCUCUCAGCUUUUAACAAUUUAAAUUCAUAGGAGACAACUGCCUGUACUUUUAGCUAAGCUGCUUUUAAUUCUUUUGGUAUCCCAUAGACAAUUCCAGUCCUCACUCUUCAAGCAUGUACAAAUAAAUGUAUGUAAGCAGUAGCUUGCUUUGUAAGCUGAACAGGAGCGACUGGAGGCUUUGCGUUAGGAAGGUGUGAUGCAGCUUGCAGUGUUCAUGACGUUCAGAAAACCCGUUGCAAAUUAAAUGCUGUUUUUAUUUUCUGUUGUUAAAUGCCCAAGGAAAGCGAUGUACUAAUACUUACGCAACUGUAAUGGUUUUUAAGAAGCAAGGGCAGGAACAAUUUUAACUGCCAAGUUGUUUUUAUAAUUCGCUGUACUGAUUUAUUUAAUCAAUAAAUGUUUUCAAGUAACUGAACAAGUAUCUGUGUUCCUUGUGUACACAGAGCAAACUUAGAAUUAAACCCUCUAACAUGGUACUUUUCAUCCUUGAUGGUACACCAGCAGUGCUUUGUUUUAUACAGAGACUUAAAUCUGUCACUAUUUGGAUAAACUUGUCACCUGCCUGCAUCUUUAGCAGCCCCAUAUUCGGUUGUACUUCUGAAAAUAAACUACCAUGUUAUUA